CACCGCAAAACCAUUCUAACCUAAUUUUUGUAUUUCGUGUUUGAAAUCAAAUCAAAAUGUAAAUAAAUAUUUACUUUGGUAAUAGGUAAACGGUUUUAAACUUAAACAGAAUUUCAAGUUUAAAUUGUUUCUACCAUUUCCGCUAAGCGAAUAAAUAUUUAAAAUGAUUCAUGAGUUACUGUUAAAUUUGUGGCAUCACCCAGGGAAUAUUGGUUUUGCUGAUGAUAGGGAUUGGACCCAUUUAUUUGAACUACCACAAUUUUUGCACCCUGGUGAGAAAAAUCUGCUACAGACCAUCCUUGAAAUUGGAAUUGAAUACCAUAGGAUUGUGGCCUUUACAAAUGAAGUGCUGAAUCAGACCUUUACCCCAAAAGACAAAUCUCAAGAAACAAAGGAUGAUAUGGAUGACAACCAACCACAGCUUUAUGUUGCACCUAAGGGAUUUUAUCUGAAAGCCUUUUGCAAUGGUAUACAAGAUGUCCUUAAAGACUACAGAGAAGAAAUAGUAAAUUUGGAGGCAAAAUUCUUGGAAUACCCACAGCUGAAUUUGACAUAUAUAUUCUAUUCCAUUAACAAGUAUAAAAAUCUAUUUAAUGUACUGAAAUCAAUGAUAAGUAAAAUACAGACAGAAUAUUUGCAUGGGUGCCUACUUUUAAAUGGCUUGCAUAAAUAUUUGCACUAUGGAGACAGCCAGAUCGUUGAAACUGCAGAGAUAAUAAUAAAAACGAUAAAUGUAGUUUUCUAUCAACAUCUAAGCAAUUGGGUCGUAUGUGGUGACUUGGUAGAUCCUUAUGAUGAGUUUUUUAUAUGUGAUGGUAAGGUAGCAGAUGAUCACUUUCUAUAUCCUGAACAAUGCUUUGGAGAUGUCUCGGCUACUUUUUAUUUUAUUUCUCAGAAAAAAUCCAGAAUCAAACGCCCCCCACCAGUUAGAAAAUUUUACAUUAACUGGAAUAUGGUUCCCAGUUUUAUAAAAGAAGAUACGGCCGAGAGUAUUUUAUUUAUGGGCAGGAUUGUUUGGAUAGUGAGAAAUGACCCAAAAAAAGAAGAUUCAAUGGGGGAUUACCAAACAAAAUUAAGAAGAGAUAUUUGGGAGGGCAAAGAAUUUGAAUAUUACAACAAAGUGUUGGGUCUGGCCAAUGAGAGCUUUAAUACUGUAAAGUUUUUGAAAAGUAUUGAAGAUUGUAGAGUAAAGCUGACAAAGUAUUUGUGGUCUAUAACCUUAGAAGAAGGACAUCUAAUCCAGCACUUAAAACUAAUACGAGAAUACUACGGUUUAGGUAGAGGUGAACUUUUCCAAGAAUUCUUGGCUGUGUCUGACAAGAAUUUAAGGGAAGUUUCCUCGGGAGCUUUUAUGCAGCAUAUCAACUUUCUAUUUUAUGAGACCGCUCGCAAAAUUUACGGGGAAAAUGACAGGUCUUACAUGAAGUUUGAACUGAGUGGUUCAGGAGGAGAAAUAUCAAAGCGUAAUCCAUGGCAAAAGCUUCAACUUCACUUCGAAAUCGAAUGGCCUUUACACAUAGUUUUCCAUCCCGAAGUAAUGCAAUGUUACAACAAGUUAUUUUCAUUCUUGUUAAGGCUGAAAAAGACACAGAUUAACUUAUUCAAAUUAUGGAAGGAGCAUACAUUUAGUAAACAUAAAAUUGACCGUCGAGUAUGGACCCUUAGACAUACGUUGAUGUUCCUAGUAAACAAUCUGCAGUAUUACAUGCAAGUUAACGUGAUAGAGUCUCAGUUUUCGACCCUGUUAAAAGCGGUAGAAAGCGCCAAUGAGUUUGAAGAUAUAAUAAAAAUACAUCACGAUUUUGUCACUAAUCUGUUAUCAAAGACUUUUGUACUCAGCCCUGAUGAGCCCCAAGAAUCUCAAAGUAAACACAAGUUAUACAAAAUACCAGCACUGCAACAAAAUCUCCCUAGCAAGGUCUAUAACGUGAUAACCGAACUACUUUCGCUUUGUGAUGAAUUCUGCCUAAUUGCUGGCACUUGGGAAGCAGAGCUUACUGAGCCCAACUUAGAACAACUAGAAGACUUCCAAAAAAAAUCGAAUAAUGCAGUAGAGUCUCUACUAACUGUUUUAUAUACGAUGUACCGAAAAAUUAGUGGCGGACAUUUGCUUCAGCUGCUCUUACUUCUCGAUUUCAACGGUUAUUUUAGCGAAAGUAAAGCUGAUCUUAAUUUAACGGAAUUUUUUUCGUAGAAUGGUAAUUUAAAAAAUAUAUAUUUGUUCAUUAUUAUUUUAUAUUAAGAAUUGAAACUGUUAAAACUAAACUAGUGAAACUAAGUAUUUGUUAAGUGAAUUAAAAUUCACAGCUUUAUUAAAAUUAAACAUCAUAAACUAA